AUGCGGAGAAAUUAUGCAUGGUCCAACGCAGGGGAUCCUGCACAUGUUCACGUACCAAUCCUGCGUGCUCCAUCAACGACACUUUUGGCAGCGGUUAGCAACGUGGGGCUUAUUGAAGUUGCAAUGAACGUAUGCCCAAAAAAUGAUGGGGAGAAGGGCACAAAAAAACCCGUUAAAAAGGGUACCACAAGCAUCGAUUUUUUGGGAUUUGUGAAUUUGGUGAUGGAUCAACUAGAUGCAAGAGGCUAG